AGUGGAUUUCUAAAGGAGAAGCAGUUUCUGUCUUUGCCUUAACUGGCAGCUCGCUCCGCCUUAGGUACGUCCUGGGUAACAUCCGGAAAUAUGUUUCAGCUCGCAGUCUCAAUUCUUAUAACAUCUUUGUAAGCAAUUUGUUUUGUAUUUAAUUUCAAUUAUGCCACACGAGUCGCUUUAAUUAUCAAAAUAAAAAUCGGUUCUGUUUGACGAUAAGAAGGACAUGCUUCACGUAGAUGAAUUCCAAAAGGAGAAUCAUUUUUCUCCGGCAAAUCUUAUGCCAGCCUUUGAGCUGGGUCCUUGAACUGUAAACAGUCGCCUUUGAUUGCUUUCUCAGUGUUUCCGAGACAACGAGCUGUACAGAGAUUGGUCACUUUAACUGAUACUCGAGUGCAGAAUGGUAACGUGAGAAGGAAAACAUGAAAAAACAUCACAGAAAAAUAUUCAUCCUGAUAGUUUUCGUGUAUGUGGUGUUUUCCUUGUAUGCUGCAUACAAUGUCUUUUUUAAUACGAAGGUGAUCACCCGUGUCCACAGAGUGGUGAAGAAAAUUACAGUCGCAACCUCAGGUGGCGGUGUUGUGGCUCCUUACAUUGGGGAUGAUGUGUGGAACCCUUGGGAGGAUGAGCAGGCUAAUGCGCUUUCUGCUCUGCACAAACAGAGGGAGGCUUUCAGACAAUACCAGGAGCGCAUUGACAAGAACAGGCCCAAGAGAUACAAAGUUCAAAUCUGGGGGAAAGCGGCCAUAGGACUUUACCUUUGGGAACAUAUUUUAGAAGGUCCCCUCAACCCCACCGACAUACAAGCACAGUGGAGAGAGGGGGAGAUACAAGUGGGAAAGAUAGAUUUCAGUUUCUACACAGGUCCAGCGGUGAUCCAAGGCCAUGUUCCUCUGGACACGGACAGUGUGGUUCUGGUGCUGAAUGGCCGGGAGCAGCAGAAGAUCUCCUACGCCACCCGGUGGCUGCAGCAUGUCCAGACCUUGAUGCAGUUCCACGCUGUGAAUCGUGUGGCUGUGGUUCUGCUGGGCAGCGAGCGCUGCACCAAUGACUGGAUCAGCCCCUACCUGAGGAGACACGGGGGCUUUGUGGACCUGCUCUUCCUGGUCUAUGACAGCCCCUGGGUUAACGACAAGGAUGUCUUCCAGUGGCCCCUCGGAGUAGCCACAUACAGGCAGUUUCCUGUGGUCAUGCCAAACUCCCAUAUGGUGAGCUCCACAAGGCCCUUCCUCUGUAACUUCCUGGGAACUGUCUACAAUAACUCCUCGAGGGAAACACUCAUGGGGAUCUUGAAACAAACCGGACUGGACAAAGAGUGCAUCACUACUGGCAGAGAGAAGUGGCUUCCUCAGGAGACAGUGGAGAGUCUGAGACUGUACCAGACAGCCCUGGCCCAAAGCGAGCUCACCCUCUGCCCCGUGGGAAUCAACACUGAGUGCUACCGCAUCUACGAGGCCUGUGCCUAUGGCUCCGUACCCGUGGUGGAAGACAUGGUGACCCCAGGUGGGUGCUCUGCUGCACGCAGCUCCCCACUGCGUCUCCUCAAAGCUGCAGGAGCCCCCUUCAUCUUUCUCAAAGACUGGAAGGAGCUUCCAGGCCUCCUGGAAAAGGAGAAGAUGAUGAGCCAGGAGGAAAGGACUGAGAGGAGGAGGAAACUGCUGGAGUGGUAUAGCAGUUUCCGCCAGCAGAUGAAGGACAGGUUCACCGAGGUCUUAGAGGAGACCUUCUUCAAAAACAGCUAAGUCUUUUUAAAGCUCAGAGUAAAACACAAAAUGGCACAUAAUUAUGAGGUACUCUGUGGAUCUCAUUGGCAGUGUGUUUAAGGGAGAAAAGCCACAUUUUUGUGGAUUUUGUGGGCUUAUGGCUCCAUUUUGUAAGGUUUCCACUAGUAGCUGACAACUGUCUCUCACAAGAUAAUGUUCAAACAAAACAUUGAUUUCAGGCUAUGGGUGAAUUAUAUUAGAAUGAGGUGGCUGUAAAUCUUGUUGUUCUCCAUAAUUUAUUUGACAUAGUUCAAGAUUUACAUGUAUUUAUGUUGUAACUUAAAAGAUGUGGGAUUUCAGUUGCUCUUGAACUACUUGCUGAAUGCACACUCCAAAGCAACAUUGUAUUCAACCUUUCAGUAAGGCCCAGUUAUUGUAUUUUUACCCGAGGAGGGUGGCGCUAUAGGAGGACAGGCUCAUUGUAAUGGCUGGAAUGGAAUGAAAUUAAUGGAACUGUAUCUAACACAGUAAACAUAUGGAAACCACGUUUGACGUUCCAUUUAUUCCAUUACAAUAAGCCCUUCCUCCUAUAGCUCCUCCCACCAGCCUCCUCUGAUAUUUUUUCCAUCUAGAAAUUUGUCGGGUGGAUAUCUCCUUUUCCUUUAUGUUUAUCAUUGACCUAUCCUUGAACUAUGUAGGGCUUGUUAUUGUGACAGGAGUAGGUCUAUCUCCAGUGCAAUUGCAGCAAACCAUAUCCUGUGGUAAACCAUAACCUCAUGUUUUCAUGCUGUUUUUUAUUUUAUUUUAUUUAUUUAACAUUUUUUUAACCAGGUAAGCAAGUUGAGAACAAGUACUCAUUUACAAUUGCAACCUGGCCAAGAUAAAGCAAAGCAGUUCGACACAUACAACAAC